AACAAAAUGGCGACGAGUUUCAAGAAAAAAUCCUCUCGAGGAAGGUCUGUUUUUAUACCCGGAACACGGCCUUCUCUACAUAACAACCAACUCCUCGUAUCCACUGGUAUUCCCUCUAUGGAUGCUGUAAUUGGAGGAGGAGUUGCUGUUGGUACCGUAGUUAUGAUUGAGGAAGACAAUUAUGGUUCAUAUGCCAGACAGAUUUUAAAGUAUUUCCUGGCCGAAGGUGUGGUAUCUGGUCAUGGUUUGUUCCUGGCAUCAGCCGAUAUUGAUCCUCAAACUAUUCUAAAGGAUUUGCCACACCCAUUAGAUCAUGGGGAUGAUAAUACAGACUCAACAAACCAGGAAGAUACCAUGAAAAUUGCUUGGAGAUAUCAGCAGAAAAGCAAAGUGCAGUCUAAUCCCUCACACAAUAGAUUUGGUCAUUAUUAUGACUUAAGCAGAGUAAUGGAUGAAAAGAAACUUGAUACUAUCCCAGUAAGGAUGUUCAAUGCUGCAGAAGAAUGCACUUCAGAUAGCCCAAAAAACAGUAGAAGUAAUAGUCUCUAUGAGAAAUUACUAUCAGAGGUCAAUAGCACCAUCACAGAUGGAGGAUACAGUACAACAGCUGCAAAGCAGCAACAAGAACGUAGCAUACUUAGGAUAGCUAUCCACAGCCUUGGCUCACAGCUGUGGGGUGAAGAAUGUGGAGCGACCUGCGUUGACUUUAGUCCAGCAUUGCCAUGGUUUCUCUACUCCCUUAGAGCCACCUUAAGAUCGUCAUUAGUUGUCUGUAUGGUCACCAUACCAACACAUGUUUUUCAGGAUUCUGGGUUUACACAUCGGAUAGAGAGAUUGUGUGAUACUGUGCUAGCGCUUGAAUCCUUUGCCGGCUCUGACAAAGAAACCAAUCCACUUUAUAGAGAUUAUCAUGGUUUAUUCAACAUUGUUCGUCUACCUCGUCUGAACACUUUAACAACUCACAUGCCAGACAGUCUGGAUCUCGCCUUCAAACUCAAAAGAAAGAAGUUCUCUAUUGAGACCCUGCAUCUUCCUCCUGACUUGUCUGAAUCAGUAAGUAGGAAUCAAGAAGAAGCAAUCCGUCCCAAACCAGGUGCUUUAGCGUGUCAAACCGGAUCAGGAAACAGUAAACUGGACUUCUAAACCAUGAGAAAUAUAGGCUAGUAACAACUAUUGUUUGAACUACGAAGGAUAUUGCGACGAUGGACACACAAAAGGUUGGACAUAAUUUAUUUUUCUAAACACAGUCUUCGAAAUACAUCCUCCCGGACUUUGAAGGUGGUUCUUAUAAGCCGACA